AUGGGAAUUUUCAUCGAAGAAUGCAGGAGACUCCAGCUUGCUCCUCGACCUUAUUUCGCUAUCAUGGUUAUUCUGCUUCCCGCCAAGAUAGGACAUAUACGAAGAAUAUGCCAUGAGAUACGCAGACUUGCGGGGCAAGAGAAGAUAAAGAUUGAAAACAGCAAUGGAGACUCUCAGAGACCUUGA